AUGACUUUUCCAAUAAGAUUGAUAAAAUUCCUUUCAAAACCAAGAGAACAAUCACUUUCCAUCGUCGAGCAGUUACAAAGCCAAAGCAGCUUUUAUACUGCAGACCAUGAUCAUAACAAUCUUUCAUGGACCAGCUAUGAUGAACAUUCUUUCAUAGUGAAGGCUGCAGAAGUAUCAACACUUCUGGUCCGAUGGCGAUCGUAUGUAUGCUACUUGAACGAAUUGUUUAUGGAUAUUUCUUUGACAUCAUCGAUUCUCUGCAUCUGCUUCACUUGUUGUAGCCAUUAUUUUCUCGACAGUUCGAAGCAGGUAAAAAUCAUGUAUGCAUUUAUGUAA